AUGCCUUCCCGCGCCGGAACUCAUCAUCUUUGCUCCCGGAAGCGGAAAUCCUUCCUUUCUUGUUUCUGCUCAGUAAAGAGACGCGUCAGAUAUGGCACCUCGUAAAGGGAAGGAGAAGAAGGAGGAGCAGGUCAUCAGUCUGGGUCCUCAGGUGGCAGAAGGGGAAAACGUGUUCGGGGUGUGCCACAUCUUCGCCUCCUUCAAUGACACCUUCGUCCAUGUCACCGAUCUCUCCGGGAAGGAGACAAUCUGCCGCGUGACCGGCGGGAUGAAGGUGAAGGCCGACAGAGAUGAGUCUUCUCCGUACGCCGCCAUGUUGGCGGCGCAGGACGUCGCUCAGCGCUGCAAAGAGUUGGGGAUCACAGCGCUGCACAUCAAGCUGAGGGCUACUGGUGGGAACAGGACCAAGACACCUGGACCCGGAGCUCAGUCGGCCCUCAGAGCUUUGGCUCGAUCUGGAAUGAAGAUCGGACGCAUCGAGGACGUCACUCCGAUCCCGUCAGACUCCACCAGGAGGAAGGGCGGUCGUCGUGGUCGCCGUCUGUAAACAGCUGGAAAGAUUUCAAUAAAAACUUUAAGAUCCA